AUGACUAAAACCGAGCGACCAGGUCUCGUUUGGGAAAGCGGGUUAUUUGCUCCUUCACCAGCCUGGGAAUCCGAACCUAGCCUCGAUGUUAUCUCGAAAGUUGUCCAAGAGACUUUGAGUCUCAGCUCCGACGAGUGCAGCGUCUCGUUUCUCGAUGCUGGCGCUAUCAACAGGGCUUACACUGUUCAAGUCAAAGACGAGAAGAACAAGUACAUCAUGAGAGUCUCCCUGCCUCUCGAUCCUAAGAACAAGACAGCUUCUGAGGUCGCCACCCACAAGUGGCUCGGCAAGACUAGCAUCCCUGUGCCUGAAAUUAUCGCAUUUGAUGAUUCCAACAAGAACCUGAUCGGCUAUGAGUGGAUUUUGAUGCAGUACAUGCCUGGCCAGUGUCUUUACAGCAGAUGGCGCAAGAUCCCCUGGGAGGAUAAGAUUGCUCUGGUCAAGAAAGUCGCAGACUGCCAACUGGAGUUGAUGAAGUCGCCCUUCAAAACCAUCGGCUCGUUGAGAGAGACAGAAGCAGGAAUAGCACCCGGUCAUUGCGUUGCCCAGCAAUUCGUUGUUGGAGACUCUUUCGACUACGACGUACCGCGAGGACCUUUUAGUUGCAGUCGCGACUGGGCCAAGGCCCGCGCUGGCGUCGCCAUCCAUGAACACACCGCGAGCAUCAAGAAGGCUGAGGACGACGAGGACGAUGAGUACGACAAGGAUGAUCUGGAAGACUUGGAAGGUUACCUGCAUGCUGUAGAGCGGCUUGCCGAGAUGGCACCUCUAGUGUUUCCUGAGGAAACCGAAGACACAGCACUUCGACAUAUGGACCUGUCUUUGCGCAACAUGAUGGUAGAUGAAAACAAUCAGUUGUCCGGGAUUAUCGAUUGGGAGUUCGCUUUGGCGGUGCCGCUUUGGGCCGCUACUGAGAUACCGAAGUUUCUAGAAGGUAAAAAGUGCGAUGAGAAGCCAGAUCUCGAUGAGUACGCGCCUCCUGAACCAGACGCAGAAGACAAAGAUGGCCUGGAUGACGAAGGAAAGUCUUCGCUGUACUGGGAUGACUUGAUGGAUUAUGAGAUGACUCAGUUACGGAAGGUCUAUAAGGACUAUAUGGCCGAACGACAGUGCCCUUCUGAUGUUCACGAGAACGGCGGAGUCAAGAACGACUUCCUUGAGGCAAUCGACGAUUGCAGUAUCGGGUGGGGCACUCGCCGAACUGAAGGUUGGCUUGAUGAGAUUGAAAAGGGGAACUUUGUUCGAUUUCAAAAGGAAGGUUAG